ACCUUUUCUACGAUACUGAAAUACAAUAACCAAUUUAAAGAAUCAUGUCAAUGUACAGAACACUGGCCCAACAUGAGCUGCACACAUGCAUUGGCCCACAAGGGGUAACUGGGGCAAGCACAACUACGGGCAAGCUGCAGAAAAAACACUGUGGGCCCUGCACCACAUGAGCAGCAUCAGGCCUGUAUCAAUAUACACAAAAUCCCCAGAAAUCCCACAUAAGGGCUGAAAUUGGGAAAAACUGUUGUGGGCUCUGCAUGGGCUAAAUCUGCAUCGGGCUGUGCAGAUUUUCUGUGGGGCAACCCACAGUUGGGUCUAUGAGUUAAUGUGCCCAAGCCCAACUGUGGUCUGCGUACACCUAUGGCCUUCUUUGGGUCCAUAAGGGCAAAUGCCACAGGGAUCUCAUAUUGUGCCCCUGCCCGCAAUAAACCCACACAGGGAAUCAGGGAAAAAUUAGGAAGAGAUUGCUGCAACAAUACAGCACAAAUAAAAUAACAAUGUCACAAAUAUGAUUUAACAGUUUAAGGGAAGCAUGGCCUCCAGGAGGAUAAAAUGCCUAUAUUUAACCGCAUUGGGAGUUAAAUGUAAAACAGGAGUGCAGAGAGGGAGGAGAAGACAGGGGAAAGACAAGUGCUUUGACAGAGGAUGGACAAGAAAUCUGAGAGUAGAGGCAGUGUGGGGAGGAGGAGAGAGGCAAAGGGAGAGAGAGAAAGAAAAAAGAGCAAUAGGAAACAGCGAAGGAGCAGCAAUAUCCACAGGAGAGGGAGGAGGAGGAAAACUGCGGAACUCAGCCAUUUCCGCACCAUGUGAGCUACCGGGACUGAAGCUCAUUUGUUCCCGGUUGGACGCCGCAUCCUCUGGGAUAGAGCAGCAGCAGCCCGGCACAGCCGAGGCUUCCAACCGCCAGAGGAACCGAGAUUCAGCGAUUGAGGGAGAGACCAGAGGCCGGAAAGGAGACCUCAGCGGCUGGUGCACACAGCAGAGACUCCCAGCGGCUGAAGGCACAUCCCCGACAGAGAGCGCAGACCAGCCGCGAACAUGACUGCAGACGUGGCGGUGUCUCUGGCGUUGCUCGCGGGGAUUGUCGCACUGAGCGAUGCGACCCGCAGGUUGUUGACCAGGGCCCUCGCGGACACCGGGCUCUCUGUGUACGCGGUGGAGCUCGUAUCCACCUUCCAGCUGUGCUGCUGCACGCACGAGCUAAAGCUGCUGUCCGAGGUAGGCGGGAUCGAGCCUCGACUCGCGCUCACCUUGACGUACCUGGCGUCCGUGGUCCACGGGCUCACCUUCAGCGGGGCCAUCGGGAACCCCUCCAGUGCGCUCGAGCAGGCGUACCACGCGAAGUUCUCCGGCCGGUGCGCCCUGCGGCGGAUCGGGUGCCAGUUCGCUGCGGCCGCCGCUGCGCGAGCCGCGGUGCAGGUAAUCUGGGGUAUCGGGUUGUCGGGACUGCACGUGCGGCAUAAGCUGCUCGGUUACCGAUGCGUCAGCCCCAUUCACGCACCCCUGCCCAAGGCCGUGGCCGUGGAACUCGCGUGCGCCUUUGCAGUUCAGACUGCUAUUACGCACACGCGAUCGGUGGAGGAGAAAUACCGCGUGCACGCGGUAGCUGCGGUCAUUGCAACAGUGGUUUAUGCAGGUGGCAGCGUGACAGGAGCUGUGUUUAACCCGGCGUUGGCCUUCUCCACACAGUUCCCCUGCAGUGGAAACUCCUUCCUGGAGUACUGCCUGGUCUACUGGCUGGGCCCGCUGCUGGGUAUGAUGAGCUCAGUGCUUCUGUUUGAUAAACUCGUCCCUUCGCUGUCGAGGAAAUCACCGUCUCUCCAUCUUCCCCUGGACACCAAGAAGAGGACAUGAGCGUCGCUGGGCAGCAGUUCAAACCCAGAGCACACAUGGAGAUGUUGUUUCUGACAGACUGUUAACCUGCUGCUGAUUUCAGUCAUCAGAAGUUAGAAAAAGAAGAAUGACACUGAUAUGCACUUUUUUAAAGACUGCAACCUGAAAGUUUAUUUUUUUCCACAAUAGAUUGUGAUUAUCCAGACAGUAGGUCUUUUGGAUGAUUUCACCCCAAGAGCACAUCUUAGAAGAUAAACAGAAAAGGAAAGACACUAAUUUUAGUUUUAUUUUAUUUUAAGAUAGAACUCAAACAGAGCAUGCAGAAAUUAACUGGCUAAGCUUUUACUUUACGAGGUGGUCGGUCGAACACUUAAAAUUAUUGCUAUGCUUUAGACACUGCAAAACUUUUUUUGGAUCACCUCUACACUGUUCAAACAACACUGAAAAUGUCAAAUAUCUGUCACUGGAAUAUCAACGAUUAUAACUAACAAAAGAAAGUUUGCCUUGUACUUGCAUGAUUUUUAGGCAUUACAGCAUGAUAUGGAAUCACAAUUGAUUUUCAUGAUCGGACUGGACAUCCACACAGCUGGGAAAAACACACUAAUAUUUACUUGCCUGAUUUCUGGUAAUGAAACAUGAUUGUAAUUUUAAAAAUAUACAUUGAUCCAAGUAUUGUUUUUGUGUAAUAGCACAAUUUACUCAACCUAAUUCACUAAUUGAUCAACAGAAACAUUUAUAAUGAAAAGUUGAGAAUAUGAUGUUCUGAAUAAGAUAAUAUUAUAAUGACAAUAAACUUUAUUUGUAUAGCACUUUUCUUAAUAAAGUUACAGAGUGCUUUACAGACAGAUUGUAUAUAUUAUUAAUGUUUAUACUUAAUUUGACAUUCCAGAGCCAAGCACAGUGUAGGAAUGCACUGUAUACGUGUCUAUGUUAGUUUUUGCACAGAUUAAACUGGUGCCUUUUGAAUUCUCUGUAAAAAACUGGAAAGGCGGAUUAAACUGUAUAAUCACUG